CGACGACGACAACCGACGACCCAUCCCUCUCACCUCGCCCUUCAACUCCCGUACACCUUCACUUCGAGGUCACAAGUCGCCAAAAUGGGUGGUGUCACCGUUCGCGAUGUGGACGCGCAAAAGUUCAUUGUGGCUUACGCCGCUUUCUUGAAGCGUCAGGGAAAGCUCCCCAUCCCUGGUUGGGUUGACACUGUCAAGACCUCCGCCUCCAACGAGCUUCCUCCCCAGGACGCCGACUGGUACUACGUCCGUGCUGCCGCUGUUGCCCGUCACAUCUACCUCCGCAAGACCGUCGGUGUUGGCCGUCUCCGCAAGGUUCACGGCUCUACCAAGAACCGUGGCUCCCGCCCCGCCCACCACGUCGAUGCCUCCGGUGCCGUUGACCGCAAGGUCCUCCAGUCCCUUGAGAAGAUUGGUGUCCUCGAGCAGGACGAGGAGAAGGGUGGCCGCCGCAUCACACAGUCCGGACAGCGUGAUCUUGACCGUAUCGCCAAGACCACCGUUGACGAGGAGGAGGAGGAUGACGAGUAAAUUAGUGUCGGCUUCUAAACUAAUGAAAAAGUCCUGACGUUUUACCUUUCCUCCACCUUUUACCUACCACCUUUAUACCUAUCCGCGGGAUGACUCGACAUGAGGACCAGGUGAAACGGGGCUGGCUCUGGCUCUGCAAGGCAAGGGACGGCGAACGGAGCGGGUUUGAUCGGAUGAGAGGAAUGGAAUGAACUGAGUUCACAUUUCUUGUGUUUCAUAUUCCCAUGUUCAAUUGGAGGCAAUAUACAGCCUACAUCACAGUCCAUGAUCCUGCGUCACUCUCAGUCGAGAAUAGAUUAUGCGUAACG